UUUUCUGCUCCCUUUCACGCUCUAUUCAGUCCCUCUUCCUCUCACACCCCUCUUUUUCUCCAGAAUCCCCACCAUGUCCCAUGUCCAUCUUCCUUCAGAUCCAUCAGCCGCAAGAAUCUUCUCGUCUCAAUAUCUCUCACAGUCCCAUUUGCUCUCACAGAAUCUGAUUUCCCCCAAUACCUCGACGCGUCCCUUCAAUAGUUCAAUCCCUCCUCCAAGAACUCUCUGACUGUUUUAAUCUCUCAGGAGAUUACUUGCAAAGCAUCCGCGGGACUUGCGCUUGGAUUGCUUUGUGUUGUAGUUAAAUGAUGCUGCUUUUGAUCUUUCCAAUGGAGCUAUUAUUGAUGAGGCAACAAGAUGUUAGGGCAACAGAACAGAGAUCGGCAGCAUUUGCCCUUUCAUACUUGUGACAUUGUGAGAGCUCUAGUUUUGUCUCUUGGAGAUGCCCGGGCUUAUUAUCUAUCAACUGCGAAGAACGAACUGGGUGUUGUUGUCUGCUCAAAGCACAUCAGGUGAGAUUGCUAUUAACUCUUGUAGACAGCACACUUGCAAAUUUAUGAAUUUAUUGAAGUAAUAUCUGUCAGUUAGCCAAUUUAUUUGCGAUACUUCUUUUAACUUUGUUAUGGGUGAUGCCUCAAUUACCUGUAGCUCCAUAACAUGGUCUUAUAGCAAUCUCCUGCGCGAUUUCAGUAAGUUUCCUCACUUCACUUUUAUUUAGAAAAAGGUAAGGCGUGUAAUGCAAAGUACGUUUGUUAUAGGUUCAACAAUGGUUCCGAUAAGUUGGACAGAGAUGCAGUGCCCAUCAACAGGUCAAAUAGAGCAAAGAAAAGUUGCUAAAGUUGGAAGCUCGUUAACCAAGAUAGAUAUCGAUCAGAGCUAAAACUACUAUGCAUCUGCGACCUUUAUUUUGCGAUCUUUGUGUUGAUAUGUGGAAGUUGUCUCAGACCUAGCUAGAAGCUGAAGUUCUGGCAGGCGGGAGCUAUCAUGUCCUGGAGACAUUUGGAGAGCUCUAGUUGUACUAUUGCUCACAUGAGUACGAAGAUUUGUUUCCUUUCUCAUUUGGGAGCUAUCAGACUUGCAGAAGCUUGAUACAGUACUUUUUUUGUUCAUGAUCUAGUUAUCACGUAAAUACCUUUUAGUGAAUAACAUGAGAUUGCUGGCACCUCACGGUUAAACAUACACCACAUCAUAAUGAAGUAGAAGAACGUACGAACUGAACUUUGUUCAAAAGCGCAAUAUUUAUGUAGUCAAAAUCAAUGUGGGGAAGAGAAUUCUGGGUUGACCCGAUAGCAAGAGGUCUGUAUACGGCUGAUGUGUUAUGUACCUGGUCAUCUCUGUAGAUCAGGUGUAGUGCUGCUGUAGUUGGCCCUUUGUUUUCAUUUUCUGCAUGGAUCUUCAUCGGCAGUGCAGGAUUCAAGAGGAAGAAACCAAAGACAAUAAUAAUCCUUGUAUGGCUGUGGCAGAGGUGGUAAUCUAAAUUUCAGCUAAUGAAGUUAAUUAUUGAUCCUAACAAAGGAGACGGCUCAUGAUCCACUUGGGAGCAACCCACACUCAGAAAAUUAUGCUUCUUGAAUUUGCUAGAGGGAACUCUACAAAUGGCUACUGGAACUUAUUUCAUAUCCUUAUUUAUGAAAUGUAAACACACACACACAUAUAUAUAUAUAUAUAUAUAUAUAUUUCACAUGUCACAUGGAUUUGAUAAUCCAACGGAAUUUCCAGAUGACAAUCCAACGGCCGAGAUAUCUUCCUUUAUCUGUAAUCUUUGCCCUUGCGGGGCCAACUCUUUUUGUACCAUAUAAUUUUAGAAUACAAUCAUCGGACUCGUUAAUAAUGGCUUCAUCAUAUUUUCUUCGCCCUCUUCAAACUCUCUUCAGUCCCUCUUCCACUCACGCCCUUCUCUUUCUCCACCAUCCCCACUAUUUCCCAUACCCAUCUUCCCUCAAACCCAUCACCCACAAGAAGCUUCUCAUGUCAAAAUCUCUCACGGUCCCAUUUGCUCUCACAGAAUCUGAUUCUCCCAAAUACCUUGACCCCUAUCCUCAAUCCCUCCUUCAAGAACUCUCUGACAGUUUCAAUCUCCCAGAAGAUUACUUUGCAAAGCUACCGCGGGACUUGCGCUUGGAUUUAAAUGAUGCUGCUUUUGAUCUUUCCAAUGGAGCUAUUAUUGAUGAGUGUGGUCGAGAGUUGGGGGAGACGUUAUUAAAUCUUUCUCGAGCGUGGGAAUUAGCUGACACAUCAACUUCCUAUGCUUUGACACGCAAGUUUCCUAUGUUGGAGAGCUCUUUAAGUGGCAAUGCCAAAUCAGCAUUUGGUAGACGGUUGGUUUCUGCUGGAAGAAGAUUUAAGUCAAUGGGACAGUAUGGCCAAGGUGAACUACAAAAGAUAGCAGAUGUGAUGAUUAAAACUGGGAACCUUCUUUCUGCAAGUUCAACACCUACAACGACAUAUGAACAACCAAAGGAAGAAACUAGAGUACUGAAGUUCGGAGAUCUUCAGGUGGAAGUAACUCCGCAAAGAGCGAACAUCGGGGCCAUAAUUGGAAUCGUUUUUGGGAUUCUGUCAUGGGAACUAGCACAGGGCAUCCAAGGCAUUCCGGAGAGCUCAUUAGAAUACGCGAAUGAUAAUGCUUUGCUGCUGGCUAAGUCUUUAAGGGGAACUUUACUUGCUCUUUGCUACUCCUCGGCAUUGUUGUCUGCUUUCACUGCUCUCAGUCUCUUCGUACUUGCAACGCAACUUAAGACAAAGGAAAAAUGACGUCCUCGGCAUUAUUGAGUAUUGCUCUUAAUGGCUUAAGGACUAGCCAGUUCUUAUUCUGUUUCUGAGUCUAACUAAAAGGGAUGAUGUGAAGCAUAUUGGAUAAAUUGUGGGGUUCAAGAACUUGAGCAUUGUAUUUACAUAUAUUCAGGCUGCAUGAUAAAUGAUAUAGCUGAGAAACAUGUUUAUACAUUUCAUUUGUAAAGUACAAUACAUUCUUGUAAGUCUUCCAUUGCUCUUUUUUUUCCUCCACAAA